AUGAGGCAAUUAUAUGCACAAAAUGUCCAAAAUAUUCAGCUAACAAUGUCGCAAGCGUCACCAACAUGUACUUUUUUGAAUACAAUAACACCAACAUUAACAGUUGAAACGACUUUGACAUCUACAACAGCUUCUUCUGGGAGAACAACAACAAUAAAUGGGAUUGAUCGGUUCUAUUCAGAAAUUGAAAAUGAUCACUCAAGUGGUAUUAUAGAUCAUGGAAUUGGGGAAGAAAUGAAAGCAUUAAUUACGGCACGGCCAACUACACAGUCGGCACAGUAUAUGAUACAUCAACAAUGGUCCACCAAAGAUGUUAGAAGUAAGGUGAAGGAAUCAGAAAAGGAGGAGCUUGUUGGAAACAUGGAGGAAACAGAUACCAUUCUUCCAAACAGCACUGAUAGUGAAAUAUUCUGGAAGACCAGUAUUCCCGAAGUUGGUGAAAGCGAAAAAAAUACAAUGCUCAGUGUUGAUGAUCACAUCUAUAAUAAUAAUAACGAAGUGGCUUUAAUUGCAGAUCACAGCGAAGUGACCCCACCACCGAAUACUACAUUAAGAUCAAAUUGUACGUUGAUUAUGAUGCAACUGAAUAUAUUUAUAUGUUUACUCGCUUCUUUUCAUGUAUAUCUGAACUUUAGUGUCCCUUCAUGUUAA